GGUAGGGAGGAAAUGUUGUCUAGGAAGCCGCGCGCUGCUAUGCUACUCUGGCUAAGCGUGUUGCGAGUUCUGCUCGGCGUCUUCUUCGCGCUCACCGGGGCUGCCAAGCUCUUUCAGGUCUCAGCCCCCGUGUCACAACAGAUGAAAGCCUUGUUCGAGCAGUUUGCUGAGGUGUUUCCAUUGGUGGUGUUCGGCUACCAGCCAGAUCCUAUAAGCUACCAAACAGCUGUGGGCUGGCUGGAACUGCUGGCUGGGUUGUUGCUGGUCGUGGGUCCACCUGUGCUACAAGAGAUCAGUAACGUGCUCUUGAUCCUACUCAUGAUGGGGGCUGUCUUCACCUUGGUGGUUCUGAAAGAGUCAUUGACUACUUACAUCCCAGCUGUUGUCUGUUUGGGGCUCCUGCUGGUGCUGGAUUCCUGCCAGUUCUUAACUCGAACUAAGGGAGCAGUCAAACACCCUAGCAAGAAGAUUCCUGGUGCACGUGGGAACCGUAGGAGUUGAGUCUUCAUGCCAUGCAGUUACCACGACAGGAGCAGUCACGCACCCUGUCUACUACUCUGUUAGGUCCACAGUCGUUCAGAGUAAAAGAGAUAUCUUGUCUCGGCCCCAGUCUCCCCUAAUAACUCUGCUGCUCUGUUCUGAUGGCAGCAUUAACGUUCUUGUCAUGUGGAAACAGGAAGUAAGCAGGAAAGAAGCUAAAACCACUCCAAAUUCUCAUUCCACAAAUGAUCAUCUCAAUGUUCUGGUGUGACUGUGCCUCUCCACUUUUUCUAAGAUUAUAUACAAAUACAUAUUUUUUUCAUAAAAUGACACAUAGCCUAUUGUAUAGCAACAGUAUAGCCUAUUGCCCACUGUUAAGCUCCAGAGUUCUUUGACAUUACUCGUGUUUUUACUUCAUCAAUGCCCAUGGCUUAUACUCUGUUCAUCCAGCUGAGGAUGAAGAGGUGGCUGAAGUGUAGGAGCACUUGCUGCUUUUGCAAAGGACUGGGGUUCAGUUCCCAGCAUCGUCCUGGCGGCUCACAGCUCUCUACGUCUGGUUUCACAGGAUCCGACACCCUCUUCUGGCCUGUUGGAGCACCAGACAUGCACAUGGCACACAGACACACACACACACACAGACACACACGAAAGCAAAACACUUAUGCACAUAAAAUAAAAGUUUUUAAAGUA